CGCCCCGGCUGGCGGCACUUACUCGGCGCUAUAGGGCCGGUUCCGGGGGCGCGUGCCUGCACCGGGGGGCCUUCGUGGUUCCUCCUGAGGCGGCCCCCGGAUGAAGAGAUCUGGGGACCCGGGAGCCAAGCCUACGAGUAGCUCGGUGGCGGGCCCUGACUGCUGCGGAGGCCUCGGCAAUAUUGAUUUUAGGCAGGCAGACCUCUGCGUUAUGACCUGGCUGCUGGGCUACGUGGACCCCCUGGAUCCCAGCUUUGUGGCUGCCGUCCUCACCAUCGCCUUCAAUCCGCUUUACUGGAAUGUGGUUGCACGAUGGGAACACAAGACACGCAAGCUGAGCAGGGCCUUCGGGUCCCCCUACCUGGCCUGCUACUCCCUGAGCGUCACCAUCCUGCUCUUGAACUUCCUGCGCUCACACUGCUUCACGCAGGCCAUGCUGAGCCAGCCCAAGAUGGAGAGCCUGGACACCCCCGCGGCCUACAGCCUGGGCCUUGCGCUCCUGGGACUGGGCGUCGUGCUCGUGCUCUCCAGCUUCUUUGCACUGGGGUUCACUGGAACCUUCCUAGGUGAUUACUUCGGGAUCCUCAAGGAGGCGAGAGUGACCGUGUUCCCCUUCAACAUCCUGGACAACCCCAUGUACUGGGGAAGCACAGCCAACUACCUGGGCUGGGCCAUCAUGCACGCCAGCCCCACGGGCCUGCUCCUGACAGUGCUGGUGGCCCUCACCUACAUGGUGGCCCUCCUGUAUGAAGAGCCCUUCACCGCUGAGAUCUACCGGCAGAAAGCCUCCGGGCCCCACAAGAGGAGCUGAUUGAGCUGCAACAGCUUUGCUGAAGGCCUGGCCGGCCUCCUGGCCUGCCCCAAGUGCCAGGCCCUGCGCAGGGUGAGAAUGGUGCCUGCUGCUCAGGGCUCGCCCCCGGCGUGGGCUGCUCCAGUGCCUUGGAACCUGCUGCCUUGGGGACCCUGGACAUGCCGACAUGUGGCCAUUGAGCUCCAACUCACACAUUCCCAUUCACCAAUAAAGGCACCCUGACCCCAGCAUCUA